AUGAAUGAAUAUGAAGAAGAAGAAAACAAAGACAUGUGUCCAAUCUGCAAGACAGAUCGUUACUUGUCUCCUGAUUUGAAAUUUUUAGUCAACCCAGAAUGCUAUCAUAAGAUCUGUGAAUCCUGUGUGGACCGUAUUUUCAGUCUGGGUCCUGCUCAAUGUCCAUACAAAGGCUGCGAUAAAAUCUUAAGAAAGAAUAAGUUCAAAACACAGAUCUUCGAUGAUGUCAGCGUGGAGAAAGAAGUGGACAUAAGGAAACGUGUAUUCAAUGUUUUCAACAAGACUUUGCAAGAUUUCAACGGCAACUUGGACGAAUACAAUAAAUAUCUAGAAGAUAGAGAAGAUAUAGUAUACAAUCUAGACCAUGGCAUCGAUGUAGAUAAAAUGGAGGAGAAACUACGCACCUAUGAGGAACUAAAUAAACAGUUGAUUCAAGCUAAUCUGGAAAGAUUCAAACAAGACACGGAAUCGUUUAAACAAAGACAACAAUUUGAAAAAGAGAUGAAACUAAAGAAAAGACUGUUGGAGAGACAAAUUGAGGAAGAGGAACGUGCAAAUAAAAGGUGGGCCAAGAGAGAAAUCGUUAAUAGAUUAACCACAUCGAAUCUCUCUGUAGAUACCAAUGAAGUUAUAGAUAGUGUCAAAAAUACAGUUAAGUUGAAGAAAUCAUCUGCAAGAAGGAAGUUAGAAGAACUGAAUAGAGUUUUACAAAAUAAUCCAUAUUUCGGAGCAAAUAUGAAUCCACAGAAUAAUAAAACAAUGAUGAUGAUGAUGAUGCAAAGAAGACAAUUGGAACCAUUUACCCCAUUCAAUGGUGAUAGAGACUUGAACCAAAGAUAUGUUGUAACAAGAGACCAAUAUGAGGACCCAUUCAUCCAGGAUUUAGAGAAAAGAAAAGAAUAUACAGCUUCUGGGUUCCGGGUGGAUUAUACAUAUGAUAGAUUAUUGAAUGAAGCAUUUAGAGGAUUAGGAUGUAUAAUAUCAGAGGAACUGGCAUAG